GUCCGACCGGAAGUCCAUCAUGUCCUUCGGCAGAGACAUGGAGCUGGAGCACUUCGACGAGCGGGACAAGGCGCAGAGGUACAGCCGCGGGUCGCGCGUGAACGGCCUGCCCAGCCCGACGCACAGCGCGCACUGCAGCUUCUACCGCACGCGCACGCUGCAGACGCUCAGCUCCGAGAAGAAGGCCAAGAAGGUCCGCUUCUACCGCAACGGAGACCGGUACUUCAAAGGGAUUGUGUACGCCAUCUCCCCGGACCGCUUCCGAUCCUUUGAGGCCCUGCUGGCUGAUUUGACCCGAACUCUGUCGGAUAACGUGAAUUUGCCCCAGGGAGUGAGGACGAUCUACACCAUCGACGGGCUCAAGAAGAUCUCCAGCCUGGACCAGCUGGUGGAAGGAGAGAGUUAUGUGUGUGGCUCCAUAGAGCCCUUUAAGAAACUGGAGUACACCAAGAACGUGAACCCCAACUGGUCGGUGAACGUCAAGACCACCUCAGCUUCCCGGGCGGUGUCUUCCCUGGCCACGGCCAAAGGGAGCCCCUCAGAGGUGCGAGAGAAUAAAGAUUUCAUUCGGCCCAAGCUGGUCACCAUCAUCAGGAGUGGGGUGAAGCCACGGAAAGCUGUCAGGAUUCUGCUGAACAAGAAGACGGCUCACUCGUUUGAGCAGGUGCUCACUGACAUCACCGAUGCCAUCAAGCUGGACUCGGGAGUGGUGAAACGCCUGUACACCUUGGACGGGAAACAGGUGAUGUGCCUUCAGGACUUUUUUGGUGACGAUGACAUUUUUAUUGCAUGUGGACCGGAGAAGUUCCGUUACCAGGAUGAUUUCUUGCUAGAUGAAAGUGAAUGUCGAGUGGUGAAGUCCACUUCUUACACCAAAAUAGCUUCGUCGUCCCGCAGGAGCACCACCAAGAGCCCCGGCCCCUCCAGGCGCAGCAAGUCCCCCGCCUCUACCAGCUCAGUUAAUGGAACCCCUGGUAGUCAGCUCUCUACUCCGCGCUCAGGCAAGUCGCCAAGCCCAUCACCCACCAGCCCAGGAAGCCUGCGGAAGCAGAGGGACCUGUACCGUCCCCUCUCUUCGGAUGAUUUGGAUUCAGUAGGAGACUCAGUGUAAAAGAGACAAUGGAGCAAUGUAUAUGGUUUGUGAUUGGGUGAAGGUUUCACAUUUCCUAAGCAAAAGUCUAACAGCAACAUACACAAAAGAGUUUUGCAUACCUUGACGUGAUAAAGAACAAAUCAUACUAAAGUAAAUAUGUAGGCAUAUUUUAUAUUCAUGAUGUUUAUCCUUGAAGGAGAGAUUUUCUUCUAAAUGUCUCCUCCAUUGAUUUAGUUGGGGAGAGUUUGAACACAAAACGGCUUUAAUUGCUGAGAUUUUCGUAUCAGGCCUGGCUCUAGAUGAAUUUCAUAUGUGAACCCCAAAUGGAGUACAGGAACAUGCUAAUGACAUAACAGCAGUACAGAGUCAAAAUUUCUGUAGAUGGAAUAUCUUUUUAAUCAUAAGUAGGCAUAUAGAUUUUUCUGUACUUUCUAUAAAGCAUAUUAAAUAGUACCAGCAGGCAUUUUUUUCUUAAAGUUAUAUUCUUUUUAAAAUUUGGAUUGCAAAAUAAUAGAAGUAUUCAGUUAGAUUUUUUUUCUUCCUGAAUAGUAGAAAAAGCUACUUAUCAUUUUAUGAAUUGGUAUAUCUUAGGGAAAAAAAAUUCAUGACAAGAACACAUCUCAUGAAGACUCUAAAAUAAAGCCUUAGGAACUUUCCUUGUUUUUGUUGUCAAGUAAAUUUUAUUUUUUAUUAAAGUUAUCUUUGAUUGGAAACAGCAUAAGAAUAGCUUAAGUUCGAUGCCAACAUGAAAAACUUGUCCAAUGGCAUUGCUAUAAUAUUCUUCAUGUUCAAUGGACUAUAAUCAUUUAUGUAAUUUUUCAAAUGUGCAAAGGCUAAGCUAGGAUUUUUUUUUUUCUCACAUGCAGAGCUAAAAAAAUUUUGUCUGGACUUUUUUCAAAAAAUCUAUUUGAAAAGCAAAAUUAACUUAAAUGGUGCUGUAUAAAUCAGGCCCAGAAUAUUCAAAUCUCCAUUCUGAUAAAUCCUGGAUCUUGCUUGUGUUUUGGAAAUUUCCAUAUGCAAAACUCCUUUUGUGUUAAACCAAGUAAGUCUAUAAUAAUUAUAACACGUUGUUAAACAUUAACCUACUAAUUCUGCUCUUCUAGUCCUCUGUUUUAAACAUUAUAGUCAGCUUUGCUUAGAAAUAAAAUAAUUAUUUUAAAAUCUGAAUGUUAAAACUUAAUUUAAUGUGUAUGGUCUGUUGUAUUUAAGCCAUAGCCUAGUGAUCAUUUACUUUUACUAGUUCAAACACUAACAAUUUAAGACUUGUGAAGCAUGCUUUUGAUAUUCUCCAGGCUUGACAUAUCUCAGUAGGUGAUAAAUUAAAAAUGUUUGAUGCCAUUUGGAGGAUUUUACAUGAUUUUUUUUUUUCAAAUUUUGCUUGAAAACUGAAUUUAAAAACGUUUGAUUCAAGAUGGAGAGAAGUUCAGUUGUCAUACACUGUUUUAAAUGUUAUUGAUUUAUCUCCUUGAUAAAUUGUUCAACUAGCAAAUUUUACCAUCUGGUUUGUAGUUACAUAUGUUACCAUCUCACUUUACAAGUGAAUAAAAUAUUCCAACCAAAAGAAGAAGAAGAAGAAGAAACGUCCAGGCAAUCUAACAGCAUUUGAAAACUUAGCCUUAUAAUAAUUAGUGCCUCAUUAUCCUGUCUGUUGGAGAGAAAGACACUUCUCUGGCAGGUUAUUUGAGAACUGCAAACUGAACCAUUCCAUCUUGAAAGAACAGUUCAUAAUAAUACCUGUUCCAGACUUCAGGUUUUAAAACUGUUUCCAAUAGAAAUGACCAGAGACUCCUGCUGAGAUCAAAAGGCUGCUUUGUUUUAGCUGAAACAGUAAACAUCUGUGAGGUUGCCUAUGCUGGUGUCUGUUUUAGUUAUGUCUUUGUAAAAUGCAUUACUUAAUACAGUUGAGUCCAUAAAAGAUUAGUAUGUAUUUGACUAAACUGUCAAAAAUGCAAAGAAAGCAGUGGAACGGUUAAUUUAAAUCUGGUGGGGUCAGAUGGUCCAGAACAAAAAUAAAUUCCAAUAAUUUUAACAUCCCUGCCCUGUCAAUCUUAUGGACAACUACUGCUUAGAAAGACUCAAUAAAUGCUAUUUGUUCUGGAUAAGUGGCAGAUAUUGCCAAUUGAUAUAAAGCCCCUGGCUUUGUUUAGACACGGCAAAAAGAAACUGGACUUGUACUAAUUGCCGAUAGAUAUCAUGGCCAACUUUCCAUUCAAGCAGUUCCAAGGGAAAUGCUAUUCUCCAGCAUUUAAUCUUUUGAACAUAUGAUUUUUAUUAAAGGACUGUUCAGGGGCUAUAUAUAUCAUUUACUUUUUGAAACUAAAGUCCCUCAGAGAUUGAAACACCACACCAUUUAUAGACUUUGAGAUCUCUUUCUAUGCAGUGCAUAAUUCUAUUACACUAAAGAAGAAAUAAAAAAUUCUUAGCAACAAACCAGAAGUUUUCAGUUCAUUGGUAAAACUGAAUUGGUGAUUUAUAGGCACUUAAGAUUUACUUAUAGAAUUCUUUAUAAAAAAAUUAGGCACUGAAUUUUAAAGUUGUUCUACUGAGCAGGAGAGCACUUCGGCAAAAGCCAUGCAUUUUUUGUCUUUUUGGUAAUCCUUAAAUGUGUUUUGAAGACAUCAUGGUAUAGCCGAAAGUUUGACACUUUUUCAUUUGCACUCACUUUUUUCUUUGACCUAGACAUUAUAGAAAAAGAUAUUAGAAAUAUUCCCCUGCUUUCAGCAUUUUAGAAAUGCAAAAUUUUAAAGUGUGAAGUUCAAUAUGAACUCAAAAGACUGUGGCUCUAAAAGCCACGUGGCGUGUUCUUCUUUGUCUUGCUUAAUCACCUAAGCAGGAGGGAACAUAUAUUGGCUCAUCUAAAUAUUAAGAAACCAAAUAACAUUUUCUAAAAACAUUUGAACCAGCAUUGAUGUGCUGUAUGUGUUCCCUACUUUAACCAGCAGGGGUAUUCUGGUUGCAUCCAUUGCAGAUCUAUACAUGAUUGGGCUCUUUUUCUACUUAAAAACAGUGAAUUCUACAAGCUACGUUUCUUAAUAAAAGUGAAUGAAAAUGUAGAAUAAUAUUCCUGAAAAAUAAUUGCAUAUAUUUUAACUAGUGGACUGCUAAAUUUUUCAUAUGUGGCCAUAUAUCUAUACAGGUGUGUGGGUAUUUAUGUAAAUUUGCCGGGCUUGGUGUGUAUGUAGGUAUGCUUAUGUAUUUGUGUAUGUGUACAGACCAUAAAUAGUGAAGUAUGGUAUUUGUGAUACAGCCUUAUAAGUUACUGGCUCUUGUGGAAUUGUAUGAUGUGAAAUCUUCAUGUCAUAAAGUGUUACUCUGUGACAUAUUAGUUGGGGCACAUUUAAGUUCAAGAGCAGUGUGCUAAACUAGUAUGGCAAAUGGUUCCAAAUAUUCCUAUGUAGUGAUUUAUCAAAAAAAAUUGAAAUCCAGAUAAACAAAACAUUUGAAAUCCAGCCAAAUCCAAUAUUAUGUUAACUAUUAAAUAUAAGUACACAUUAAUGUUUAAUAUUGUUAUGUAUUGGUGCUCAAUUAUUAAAAUGAUUGAAUACUCUGAUUCUUUUUUUCUAUUGUGUCAGUGACUUGUAGUGAUUGUCAAUCAAUAUUCACUAAAAAAGAAACGUGGAGUUGUGAGCAGUCAAGUAUUAUGUUGAAACAUAAAUAAAAGAGAAUUCAGAGUAUAUUUGAUUGGAAGUAAAUUUAAUAACAAAGCCAGAUAACCAUUAAGGCAAUUCUGUAUGUUCUUUCAAAACACUAUUCUAAACUAUUGACAAAUUUUGAAUAUAAUUGCUUAUAUGUGUGUAUAUAUCUACAUAAAUAUAUAUACACUUGAAAAUGUUAACUGAAUGAAUUUAUUCCAUAUGCAUACUGUUGCUCAUUUAUGCAUAUUUGCAUUAGCCUUGGUAGCAUCUCUAAUUGUGCAUGCUAGUGACAACUGUAUUUGACUGAGAUAUCCCACAGAGGUAUAGUGUGAAAAUUAGAGAUAUACUGAAUACAACAUACCAGUUGCCUGAUAUAGUGUGUUAUACUGUCAGCUGAAAAAUACUUGUAAUUUCGUGCCUGUAAUGCAUGUGGAAAAAGUAUGAAAUCAGAGGCCCUCACCAUAAAUUUUAAGGGUGCAUGACAUAUGGUGUCUUUAAAAUGUGGUUCAUUUUAGUAAAGAUGAUGGAUAAAUUCCAAGAUAGUAUAAAUGAUGCAUGUAAUACAUGAGUGUUUGUAUUAUAUAUGGCCACAAAAUGUCUUUGAAGACAGGGUAGUAGAUAUCUGAAGGUUAUAGGCAAAUAACUAUGAAUGUUAAUUUUCUUGUGAUUUCUUUUUGAGGAGUUCGUACUCUUCAACAAGCAAAGAAUUGAGUUUAUUUUUUCUAAGGACUCUUUACUUUGAAAUACACUAUGAAUGUUGUAAAUUUGGAUACACUUUUUAUAAAGAAGUUACAUACUUUCUGCUUACAGUUUGAGUUGCUUGGAUGUAUAUUCUUCUCUUAAAAAACCAGUUGGUGUUAAAAUGUUUUAAACAGCAAUAUAUUUUUAAAUCCAUCCAUCGAGGCCAUCAGCAGAGUUUUACAGAACUAAGGGUUGAUGAAAUGUUUCAUUUAACUACCCAGUUUUGAAAGUUCCAUCACUUUGUGCUGUGGUUUCAUUGUAAAAUGUUGUACUUUGUGUUUCACACUGGACCAUGUUAUUCCUCUUGAAGUUACCUUUGUGACGCCUAACACCUUAGAAUAACUAUAUAAUAAACAGGAAAAACUGCCUAUGUUGUUCAGUGAGUUUCUUUCAGAAAGCUUGAUAAACAAACACUGAAAGUAAAAUGACCGUGUGGGGUCAGGGGUACUGUCAUAAUCACGUGUAUGGCAUUCUUGUGUUGUAAUUAGCAUUAGCAAGUGACACUUGAGUUACUGCAGAAUGGUACCACAUGACAAAUAAAGUAUAAAAUACUGGCAGUAACAACAAAAUAAGAUUAUCUGAUGAAGAAUUCUGUUUUAGUUGUUUGCAUUAAAAUCAGUAAUAUAUCUUCCUCUCAAGGUUGCCUUAAGGAUGAAUUUGUCAGACAUACUGGUAACUGGUUGAAAAAAAAUUAACCUGCAUUUUUAAAAGUAUACUAGAUGUCUUCUGGCUCUGAAGGCAUUUUUCCCAAGGUCAUCUAAUUUGCGGGG